AUGAAAACUCCAUUCGGACUGCAAUAAUACUUCGCUACUAAGCAAGCUCAGCAUCAUCAACUGUUGGAUGAGGAGUCUGAACGCACCCAUAAGAUGAUGGUCAAGGAAAUUGAAAUAGAUGGAAACAUGUGUAAGAAACAAGCUUCACUUGUAUUGGAUAAUACUCCUGUGUAUUUUCCUCAUUAGCCAUAUGAUGUUUAAAAGAGUUAUAUGGAAAGUGUGAUAAGAGCGUUAAAUAAGAAAUAAAAUGCAUUAUUGGAAUCCCCAACAGGGACAGGCAAAACUUUAUCUUUGCUUUGUGCUUCUUUGGCAUGGUUAAAAAAGAAUAGAAAAGAUCAAUUAAAUUCUGAUCAGCCUAAGAAUAUUAAAAUUAUCUAUUCUUCAAGAACCCAUGCUCAAUUAAAAUAAGUGGCUAUGGAGUUGAAGAAGACCGUCUAUAAACCUAAUGUUUCUAUGCUUGGAUCAAGGGAUUAAUAUUGUAUAAGAGGUGAUUUUAGUGCGAUUAAAGGGACUUUGUUAAAUUAAAGUUGCCGAAAAUCAGUCAAGUCAAAUUAAUGUCAAUUUUAUAAAAAAGAACAUCUCAUACUUAUGGCUCAAAAUUAUAGUACAUUGAUAAGUAGUCUAGAUGAAGCAAAAUAAUUUGGAUUUAAAAAUAAAUUGUGCCCUUAUUAUUUCGAGAGAUAAAGAUUGGAUUUUGCAGACCUCAUAUUGCUUCCAUAUAAUUACCUCUUAGAGAAAGACUUUUAAGAUGUUGUUGAAAUUGAAAAUUCCAUUUUGAUUUUUGAUGAAGCACAUAAUGUGUAGUCGACAGCUGAAGAAGGUUCUUCAUUUCUUAUCACUCAUAACAAUAUAAUAGAAGCUGAAAAAGAUCUUGAAAAGUGGAUUGAUGAGUUGGAAUCAGUCUCGAUCUUUUAUGAUCAAUUAAAAGCUAAAUUAAAUUCAGCUAAAGUACCGACUGAAUUAAAGGAAUUCAGAUCGAUCAUGAUUACAAUUAGAGUAUUUGCUUAAUAUAUUGAAUCAUUCAAAAAUAAUCCAGAAUUUGUCAUUUCUGAUAAGGAUGAGAAAUAUUUAAUUUCAGAUGCUCGAAGAAUAUAAAAUAUGAUUUUUGAACACACUCAAGACAAAGAAAACACAUUUAGAUUGUGGUCUGAGAAUUCCUAGACUAAUUAUGCAAAAGGAGUCAAUAAAAAUAAUUUUGCUAAAUAUCUGAUUCAUUGUUCUGUUUUGAUUGAAGUUAUGGGUGAAUUAUCUCAGAUUCCAGGUUAUCAUUUUGAAUCAUGGGUUAAGUUUAUGAAAAAUGUUUUUGAUCUAAUCAAGGUUGAAGAUGAAAGAGAGAAAUAAAAAUUAUCAUUAAACUCUUUAUAAAACGAGUUUAAUCAAUACAAAUUGUCUUUCAUUCUUGACUAAUCUAAUUAGUUAUCCAUUAAUAUGUGGUGUCUUGAACCCUCCCUUGCCUUUUCUAGGCUAUUCAGUAAAAGUAUAUACUCAAUCUUGUUGACAUCUGGUACACUGUCCCCAAUGCCAUCAUGGGCUUGUGAAUUAAGAAUACCUUUUGAAGUUUAACUAGUUAAUGAGCAUAUAAUUGACCUCAAUAAAAAUCUUAGAGUUUUCUAACAUAAAACUUUUGAUUUUUCAUUCAAUUAAAGAAACAACGAGGAAUAAGUCAGCAAAUUUGGUGUUACAUUAUUAAGCUUAAGUUAGAUUAUUCCCAAUGGAAUUCUUGUUAUUUUCUCAUCCUAUAGUCUCAUGAAUAAAUUCAGAAGCAAAUGGACAUAUAAUAAAUUAUUACCUAGGUUAUGUGAAAUCAAAGCCUGCUUAUGGGAACCAUAGCAAAGUGCAGAAAUGCAGAACGUUUUUGAUCUAUACAAAUAAAAGUCUAAGAAAGGUGCCAUCAUGUUUGCAGUCCAUAGAGGAAAGGUUGCUGAAGGAAUUGAUUUCUCUGAUGAAUUAUGUAGAGCUAUAUUUUUAGUUGGGGUUCCCUAUCCUCCUAAAUAAGACAAUCAUCUACUAGAGAAAAUGGGCUACUUGGAUAAAAUCUUUAAUGAUCCAGAAUUUACUAAUUAAUAACGAAUAAAGAGCUCUGAGUGGUAUACUCAAUAGGCCAUUCGUGCUACUAAUCAAGCCAUGGGAAGAGUUAUUCGACACAUAAAUGAUUAUGGUAUUGUUUAUCUAUGCGAUAAGAGAUUUGAAUAUAGAGAUAUAAAAUAAGGGCUAUCAAAAUGGGCACAGCCAGCCAUCUAACCUUGGGUCAAUGAUGAUGAGGUGAUCAAGCAAACGAAAGAAUUUUAUAAUAGAACAAUCUCUAUUAAAGAAUAAUGUAUCAAAGAGCAAAUUGAAUAAAAGCCUAUUCAAGAACAAGAUUGCAAAAAAAGAAAACUCCAAUUUUUUGGUUUGCAAAAUAAAAACGAUUUUGAAAAGUUAAAAGAUGAAACCCAAGAAAGGGUGAAAAAUUUGAAUGAAUAAUAAUAACAAAAUGAGUAUAUCAAUCUACAAAGUUAUCAGAUGAAUUAUAAGCCUCAAGAAUAAUAGAAUAAAAAUUCUAAUAAAAACUCACAAAAAUAAUUAGACAUUUCAAAUUUUCAGAAUAUUAAUUUAUCAAAUUUAGAUCAAAAUAGUAUUUAAGAAAUAUAAUAAAAAAUGGACAUAGAUGACGAUUAAGUAUCAAGAAUGGAGUCGAAAAAGAAAAAGCUGUGUAUUAGAUUAAAAAAUUAAAAAUGA